UUUCGGAAUUGCACAGGUUGUGAAUGUGCGCGUCGUGCAAUGUGGGAUGCGCGAUCAAAUCCUCUGAUGUACCGAGCCAGAAUGACAGCGAUUAUGUGUGAUAAGUUUCUUACUCCUUGAAGUUGUGGUGGUCUACGCUCAUCAUGAAGCGGAACAGAGCUGCGCUGAUUCUCUUCGCGACUCAAGUUCUACUCCAAACUUCUUCUGCUGCGCUUGUGUGCACAGGGAAAGCUCCUCGAUAUCACAAUGGAUACGCAUGCCAAGGAACCUUACUCAACAUCGGUUGCGAAGAGGGCCACGUGAUCAAUCUAUUACGCUCAAAUUUCGGCCGUUUCUCCAUUCAAAGAUGCAACGAAGAAGGUGUUCCCACCUGGUCGACGGACUGCAUGUCGCACCGAUCUCUCCGCGUGUUGCAUUCCCGAUGCAGCAGUAAGCAAAAGUGCGAGGUUUUCGCUGAUGAAACGCUUUUCGGGGAUCCUUGUCCCGGGACAAGGAAAUACCUCGAAGCACAUUACCAAUGUCUACCAGUUGUUGAGCGAGCGAAUUUGACGACUACUUCUACGACAGUGGUGUCGAUUGAACAGGAAAUGAACGUGACGAGCACGACGAUAGUUUCUAUGAAUUCAGAAGAAUCUGUGGUUGGUGGAAGAGAACUGAUGAUGACCCAAACCGAUGCCGGGGACCAAAGCGAGUAUUUGGCGGACGACAGUGACGCCGGUGGUGACGACGAUGACGAGGAUUUAUUGCCGAUCCACCAGCUUCCGUUGCGGUUUUCGAAUCGACCGCCGUCUACAGUGAAGGUUGGUGAGCCGUGUGAAGCAAAGGUCGCUCGGAACAUGACCUGGAAUCGAACUGCCCCGGGUGACACGGCGUUGCAGACGUGUCCCAGUGGAUCUGCGCCUGAAACUGCGCGAUGGAAGUGCUUUGGGCCAGCGUGGGAAACCGUGUCUCCGGAUUUAUCCAAAUGCCGGUCCCUCUACCUCAACUUUGCUUUGAAACGACUUGCGAAAGACCAAGACCUGGAGACGGCGCUGAAUGAAGUGAAGAGCGUGACAGAGUCUAAAGUGCUUUUUGGAGGCGACUUGUUCGUUAUUGCGAAGCUGCUGAAGGAAACUGCCCAGAAACUGAUGGGGAAAGAUGUGAAAGUGGUGUCGACGGAAAUCGCCAAAGUAAUGGGCAUUGGCUCGGAUUUACUGUCGCAUGACCAGGCCCAGGCAUGGGACGACCUUCCGUCGGAGUUCCGCAGUCGGGCAGCGACGGAAAUCCUGUUUGCCCUGGAAGACAAUGCGUUUGUGCUGGCUGAUGGACUCGCGGAAGACAGAACCGUGUUGGUGUCGCAAGAAAACAUCCUCAUGUCUGCCCAGAAACUUCGUCCCGACAACUUCCCGAUCGUCACGUUCCCGUCGGAGGAAGAGGCGAGCUUCUGGCCGGAAGUCUCUGCUCUGGGCAACUCCAUACGAAUCCCUGGACGGGCCCUGGAGCGGAAGUAUGGGUCGAGGAAUGGUGCUAGCUCAGCAGCCAAGGUUGUGUUCUUUCUCAUUGCCCACAUGGAGCGGAUUUUGGCGCCGGAGAAUGCCAGUGAAGCCAGGCUGGGCUCGAGCGUGGUUUCAGCGAGUGUUGCUGUCGGGAGACACGUGCAAUUGGCCGAGCCUGUGACUAUAGUUUUCAAGAACCUCUGGGACGAACAACUGGACAGGAAUGUGACUGGACGAGCGUGUGUCUUUUGGGACUACAUCAACCAUGCGUGGAGUGAGGAAGGCUGCGGAGUGUCGGUGCAGAAUUCGACGCACACAGUGUGCAAAUGCUCGCACCUGACCCACUUUGCCGUCCUCUUGACUCUCGGAGAUGAGCACACGCUGGCCCAGCAGUUGGGCCAGGACUGGCAAUUGCGCAAGUUUGCCGACUGGGCUGCAUCUGUUGCGUGCUACGCGUGUGCUGCAGCUCUGGGAGUGGCCUGGGCCCUGACUGCGGCGUGUGGCAAGGACCUGGACUGGGGCAUUUGGCGCAAUAUGCUAGCGUGUGUAGGAGUGGGGACACUGGUCAUGGGACUCGGUGGAAUAGGCCACGGGUCCGGUGGAGUCUGGUGCGGGUUGCUGGCCGGAACAGCGCAGUACUUUUUCCUCGCCGGCUUCUUGUGGACUUUUAUACAAGAGUUUGAUUUGUACAUGGCGCUGGUGGAGUUGGCAGGACUGGAUGCGAAGCGGAGAAUGCGCUGGUAUGCCGUGUGUGCGUACGGGUUGCCGUUGGUGGUGGUGUGUGCGUCUGCUGGUGCUGACCCUGCUGCAUAUGCCCACCAAACCCUGGGCUUUUGCUGGCUCCAGUUUGGUCUGCUUUCCCUGCUGUCCUUCGCUGGACCCGUUUUGGUGCUCAUUGUGGCCACAGUCGUCGUUGUCCUGAUGGCACUCCUGCUGUCGUCCAGAACCUCUGCAUCCCUGCCCAGGUCGCACACGUUGACCAGAUCCCAGCCCCCUGCGGACAGGAUCACUGCGGCCGACCUCAACACGUCUGCCGUGAUUGCGCAGACUCGGAAGUGGAUAGCGUGGUCGGCGGGCUUUGCCACAGUGCUGACUGUGUGCUGGACCAUGGCCCUGUUGUCGGUGUCGGAGGGCACCCUGUCGGGGACGACCAUGAGUUGGCUGAGGAUCUCCUACGCCCUGGCUGCUGUCGGCCUGGGCCUGGUUGGCGUGCUGGGAGUGGUUGUGUUGGGCGAGAAGCAGUUUGGGGACUGUCAAGUCAGGUGUAGGCGAUGGUGUUGCGGGGCCAAGAAGACCGCAGGCGGCAGUGCGGAGGAGCAGGAAGAGGCGGCGGCCAGGAGGGCCGACGGCGGGCCCGCUGGCGAUGAACGACGAAAACGGGGAGAGAAUGGGAUGCUGGAGACGCGGGUGGACCACGGGACGGAGCCCGGGAUGAACUACUACAUCACGACGCUCAAGAACUUCUCGUCGACCGUGUGUCCCCGCUGCCCGCAGCCGUAUUGCAACAUGGGGGAUCAACUCCUGUUGUCGAGCACGUCGACGUCGACGGCAGCCCUGCACUCGUCGUCGUCGUCGUCGACGCACCAGGCGGCCGUGUCCGCGUUGCGGGCCCAGAGUCCCGGCAACCACACCUACAUGGAGCUGGAGCUUAACACGGACGCGAGCAGGAUUUAUGCGGAGAUUGAGCACAACGGCAGGGACCACCACCCGCACAACAAUCUGCUGACGGAGGCGGUGAGCAGUAGUGGCAGGCAGCAGCGGAGGAGUGGAGGAGUAGGAGCUGCAGCAGUAGCAGCAGCAGCGCACUCGCGGGACAGAUCCGACGGCAGCAACCUGAGCGUGCCGUCGUCUUCGUCGGCCUCCGUGUCCUACUACAGCGAUGGCAGGCCGCUGCUGCAUCACCCGCGACAGGGCCAGAGUCUGGACGCGGGCAUCGUGAGGAACAUUCAGAGCAUCCCCGAGGACAGGGCCCUGGACACGCGAUCCAUGAGCAUGGGCAAGAGACUGAAUUGCGGACGGUCGGGCUGUGGACCGUUGCCCGUGCCGCCGAUGCCUGGUGACGGCGGGUCCACGCUGAUGAUGAUGACGACGACUUCCACGGCGGCCUACGCCAUGAACAACUUGAACCGCGGCUCGCCCGACUCCAACAUCGAGCAGCCGAGGAGAGCGAGUUGUUGGCAGUCUCAUUAUGAUCUGCAUCGGAUGUCAUUUCAAGAGACAUGGGAGAAGCUCCUUGGCAGCCUUAUUGCCAGAAGCAUUGUUCCUCAUGGCAGUGGUGACAGCCUGGCUCGGGUCAUUGGCCACCUUCACUUCCUCUACACUUUGCCUCCACACAGCUGCCACACUCCCUACCACAUUGCAAGUGUUUUUGAGGGAGUUUCUUUCUGCACCAUUUUCAUUUCCGAUUUCACUUAUGGCAUCUGGCUGAGUUCAAGAAACACCGGACACGACUUCAAAGAGUUCGGCUACUCCACGAAAAUGUUCGCUUGGAUCCUGGGAACCCUGCAAACAACAAUUUACUUGGCAACUUUCUUCAUCGCCAACAAGAAACGGAUCUCGUUUUCAGCUGACAAGAAAAACGCAUGUGAAACAUGAAGCACGAGCUCGUAGUCCUGUUCUUUUCUUCUCUCCCCGCACAAACAAACAAGACGACUCUUUUUUUUUUUUUUUCGUCAGCAGCAGCAAAAAUUCAAUCACAACAUACACAUCCACGCACUUACAAAUCAUGGAACAAAAAUCUUUCUCUCAUGAACAACAUCAUUACAUCACUUUCUGACGGAGGAGGAGGAGGAGGGAGAGGCAAGUUUGGGGGGAAAGGGGACGAAGUAGGAGGAAAAGAGAGAGAGAAUUUGUUCAUCCACAAUUUUCUUUUCUUCACGAAAAAAAUAACACUCUUUGAGAUCAAAAAAACCCCCACACAGCAGGGCAGCAAUAAAGCUAUCUCCUUCCCUCCCAUGUUUUCUUUUUCUUGCUUGUCUUACAAAAAAAAGGGCCUUUGCAGCCAACAUUCAUUCAUUCAAAUAAUCAAAUCAUCAUCAUGUUCAAAGUUCACAAACGCUGAAACCGAAAACAAAACCAAAAUUAACCUUUCUUUUCAACAACCACUGAUACAGUACUGGGACUUUUCUUUUCAUCAACCAAAAAAAAAAAAAAAACUGCAGUUGAAACGAUAAUGGAUUAUAGUCAAGGAUGGUCGUCGAAAUGCUGCCAAACAAUUCUUCACCUUUUGCGCUGACAAAUAAGUCAGUGAGAUGAAUUUGUCCUGAGCCGUCGAGAGAAAAAAAAAGAAAGAACCCCCAACGCAGGAAGUCGCACUACAAGAUAAAAUACCGUAUUCGUGCGAAUCCACAAGACCUUAAGAUCCACUUGAAUUUGUCAAAAAUGAAUAAAUUCUUAUGAAAAAAAAAUCGAGACGCAUCGUCUCACUUUCCCAAAAAAUGGUAAUGAACAUGCCGCGAAAUAACUCUAUAUUGACCUUUUAAUUGAAAUUACGUCACAAUCCAAAAUUUCGAUGACGAGGCCAUCAAUAGAAAAAUUAUACAACUUCCUCGAUUCGAAUUAAUUGGCAGAUUCUUGGGUUUUUGUUCAGAUCACGCUUCCAACUAAUCUUUCCAGUGGUUGAAACACCGCAGAGUCAAUAAUUUAGACUUUCACCAGUAAGAGAACUCCACAUAAAAUGUGACUAAAAUAAGGGAACCAAUUCGCGCGAAUACGGUAAUCAAUGCUUUUUUCUUAAAUAAAGUGAAAUACAUGAAAUGAUUCAAAAACGCGAAACAAAAACAUUGGCAUCAACGUCAACGAUGAAUAAAAAAAAAACAAAACAAAAAACAACACACACACACACAAAAAUGGACACAAAAAAUAAAUAAAUAAAAUAAACGUUGAAAUGAACAAGGCUUUCUUCUUCACUCUCCCUCCGCGAUCUGGGAUGAAAAAUAGCUCACCAAUCCUCCGAACUCGCCCGUGCUUUCCCCUUGACUCUCCGGGUGAUGAUGAUGUUGAUGUUGUUGAACCGUCGCCGCUUCUCCUCCCCGCCCAGAAACGGAAACCGAACUCAACUCUGCAUACUCGGGUGGCCCACC